AUGACAAAAGUCAAGGUAAGUGUAACGUUUACAUGCAAUUUUAAGUAUAUUUUCCUUCAUUCUUUGAUAUUUCUGUCUUUUAGGUACCUAUUGUCUUAUUUUUUUGUUUUUAAGGUGUUUCAAUAUCUAAAGUACGCCAUAAUGCAUUUAUUUAAAAGUUUUAAUUAGUUGUGGCUUUUCUCAUGGAUAACAUAAUAUUUUUGAUAAUUUUUAGAAGACAUUGCGUAGUUUUAAGCCAAAGUUUGCUCGUGGCUUCGACGCGCCGCCGUAUUUUGAGUAUGGAGCAAUCUUGGAUUACAAGUAUAAAAUACAAGAUCUGCUUGGACAAGGCGCGUUCGGUCAAGUGUUCAAGGUGAAGAACCUGGUAAGUUUUUGAUAUUUUUUUGGAUUUUAGGUAAUAAAACGAUGUGAUAGCUUGACUUAUGUAUUUUAAAAAAUUUUUGUGGGGUUUUGCGGAAGUUUAAUGGCUAGUUAUUGAAUAUUAAUUAUUUUAGGAGACAAAGCAAGUUGUGGCUGUGAAAGUUGAACCACGCGAUCAUCAAAACAAACUGGGCAAUGAAGCAAAGUUAUUGACGUUGCUAAAGCAUGUCAAAGGGGUUCCAGAUCUGGUAAUUUAAUUUUUAUUUACAGUGCUUUGAGUUUUAAGUCAAAAUUAGCGAUUUUCUGAUAUUAUUCAUGGCAAAACUGGAUUUAUACCCUAUUUCAUGUUAACUCUUUUUUUCGCCUACAUAUUAUUGGGAAUCUUUUUGUAAAGGCUGCUGAUAUAUCUUUAAAUUACAAAAGUUAAUAUGAUCUUGUUUCAGUUGGAUUCUGGCAUUGUAGCCGACUUCUCGUACAUGGUAAUGCCUGUCUUGGGGGUGAAUAUUUACGAUCUACAGAAGUGCAUGGAGAAUCAACGAUUUGACGUCGCCUUUUGUUGUGACAUCUUUCUACAACUGCUGGAUAGCCUUGAGGCUAUGCACACAGCUGGGUACUUGCAUUUGGACAUCAAACCCAACAAUUUCUGUCUUGGCUAUACGCCAAGUGUCCGAAACAAGGUGUUUCUUAUUGAUUUUGGGCUAGCCACAUGUUAUGUUGAAGCCGAUGGUACCAGGAAGAAAAAGAGAGAGUUUGUGGCUUUUCGUGGUAGGUUAUUUCAUAUUAUUGUUUGGUUUUUAGGAGCUUUGGAUAUUAUCCAUGAUAAGAUCAAGUGUAAUAUGGUGUGAAAAUGGAUUAGAAAUUUCAAGUUUCCAUUUUUAGGUACAUCUCGGUACAGUUCCAUGAGGAUUCACAAGAACUGCGACCCAGCACCUUGUGAUGAUUUGGUAGCCCUUCUAUUCAGCACAGUGGACAUGAUGGAAGGAGACUUGCCGUGGCUAGGGGAUGAACCAGAACGAAAGAUUGUGUCCCUGAAAGGCAAAGAGUUCUUUGGUUUUGAAAAGUUUACAAAAGUAAUGCCCAUGCCAUUCUUCGAGAUUGGUCUCUACUUGGAAGGAAUGAACUUUAUUCAUGAUAUUGAUUAUAAUAUGAUUCGAAACUUGAUUGGGGUAAGUUUUUAUUGAUAUUAAAGUUAUAAAAUAGGUAGUUUUUGUUGUUCUCAGCUAGUAAAUGGCGUAAUCUUAAUCAUUUUAACUUAUCAAAUUGUUAUAUUAUGAUAGUGAUGACAUUUAACGUUGAAAUUUCUUUGUUGUUACCUAAAAAUUUUAAAAAGUUUUGUUUAGGAAGCCCUGAAAUGGCAGUCAGACCCAGAGAAUCUAAAGCCCAAAGUACGCCAAGCUCAAGUUGAGGAAUUCGUGGCCAAACAUACACGUGAUCGGUUUAAAAUCAUCAAACGAGUUCCUGACGCCUCCAAUCUAGCUCCUUUUGGCAGUCUGAACACGAUGGGCGCACCAUUGCUACCUUCAUUGUCACUUCCACCGUUACCUCCUCCUCCUGCCAAACAUAUCCUGAAGCCUUUGACAGCAACCACACUUGAAACCCAAGCCAAUGAAGCCAAGAUCAGACUGUGCGAAGCAUGGCCAGAAAUCCAAGAACUGCCGAAUUCUGAAGAAGAAUAUGAUGUACCGAUUGUGAAGCCCAAGUACGGUCGAAAUGAUAUUGAAAGGAGGAGAAUGGAGUAUGCAAGGGUCCAGCAAGUGAAUAAGAUGUGGGAGAAGCUGGGAGGCAAAGUCGAUUUCAAAGAUGAUUAUGGAGCAGAUCGCCAACAGACUCCGAGGAAAAAAGUGGUAUUCUUGGAGGAAGUCACGGAACGUAUCUUCGACCGUGAUCUAUGUUUAUCACCAGGAAUGGAAAACGAAAUGUUUGGCCAUGAGGAUGAUUGGAGUGGCAUAAUUGGGGAUUUGGGGCAGGGAAAUGGAUCAGUUGGUGGUGCUGGCUAUAGAAAUGGUGGUUACUGCUCAAGAAACGAUGGUUACAAGUAUAGAAGUCAAGAUUAUGGCCGAAAAAACGAUGUUUAUGGCCAAGUAAAUGAUGAUGAAGAAGAAGAAGAAACUUCAGCUGAAGGUGAAGGGAUGUGGGGCCUGAAGAGCCAACCUUAUACUUCAAAACAUUAUGCUCAGGACCAGAAAAGCAAAACCGAUGACGAUAAAGACCGAAAUGUUGGUGGCUUUGGACCUAAAAACGAUUAUUUUGGCCACAACAACAGAGAAACCGACCAAAGACGUGAUGAAAAAGGUCAAAAACAUGAUGGAAAUGGUCUGAAAGACGCUAAAAUUAAAGAAGAAGAAGAUGAUAAUGACGAAAAAGAAGUUGAACUAGAUCAAUUUGAUAGUUUUGACGAAGAAGACUAUAUCAUCUUUGAAAAAUAUGGCGUAUUUGGAGAAGCUGAUGAUGGUUUUGGCAAAGAAAACCAUGUUUCUGAGGUUAAAAACGAGGUUUUUGGAAAAGGCAAGUACAAUGCUGGAAAAGAUGAUUAUCCUAACCAAAACCCUGUCAGACAUGACAAAAACUAUGUUAACCAUGAUAGAAGAGACGCUAACAGAGGCCGAAGAGCUGGAUAUGGCAAUAAUUGGUCCAGAAGUUAUGGAAAUCAACCCCAAAAAGAGUUUGAAUGGAGCCAAGAUAAGUUUAUGGAAUGGCCAAAGGAAAGCUUCUACACUAUUCGAUACAAAUCGGAAGUCAAGAAAAGCGGAAUCUAUCAAGAAGACGAGGAUUCAGAUGAAGGUGGGGUGAAUAACACGAAGAAUGGAGACAAUGGUAUUGAUGGUGAAGGUGAUCGUAGAAGGAUGGGGAUAAAGAAUGAUGUUUUUGGUCAACAGGGGCUUAAGAAUGAUAUGUUUGAUCAACAAGGGAUUAAGAAUGAUGUGUUUGAUCAAAAGGUGGUGAUGAAUGAAGCAAGAAUCAAUAAUAGAGGUCAAGGCAAUAUGACCCGCUAUGACGCAUUGAAGCAAAAACUAUUCAAGAAUACCACGCCGAACCCGAAUCCACCCACUUUUUACAAUUACAACGCCAGAAAGCAAUGGGACAGCUACACGAUGGCCAGAAGAGACUUUAACAACAACAAAGUGGUUCAAAAGGACAGUUCUAAUCAGCAAAUGGGGCGUGAUGAAGGUACGAAGAAGGAUUUACAGUGGCGGCAAUAA